UCUUUUAAUUCUAUCAAAAUUUCAAUAUGUCUACUCACGCCGCGAUCUUAGUAUUCGUUCCAUCGUCCCAACAUUUGGCGAUAAAAGCUAACAAUCAAAACAACUCACCUUUUAAACGCGUACGACCCGGCAUUCUUUCUUGGUGUGCCUGUUGAAUAGCGCGCUUAACCGGUGGUUGCUGAGGGUUCAUCAACAUGAAUCACCACAAUUUGAGCACGUUCGGCAUCGAGAAAACCCUCGCCGAAGUCGAGCAGACCUUCCCGCCAUGGCUCGUCAACUUCCAGGACCCGGUCGAGCUGUACCGGGCCCAUCCAAGCUACAUCUGGUGUCAGGCGGCCUUUCUGCUGGGUGCGCUGCUCUGCCUGAUUCACGCCUUCAAGCGGGGUGGUCGCUGGCCGUACCUGUUCCUGGGUGCACUGUGCCACGGGCUGGUCGUCGAACUUAUCUCCUACUUUGUGCCGAGCAUCGAUAACUUUUGGCACUCUAAAACACCAAUCGAUUUCAUCGGCCACCGGCUGCCCCUGUACAUUAUCUUUCUCUACCCGGUGUUCUACUACCAGGCGCACUGGGCCGUAUCGAAGCUGCACCUGAAAUGCCGCUGGUCGGAACACAUGGCCGCCGGUCUGCUGGUGGUCCUGAUUGACAUGCCGUACGACAUCGUCAGCGUCAAGUUUGUCCACUGGACGUGGCACGACACCGAUCCGAACAUCGCGGAUCGCCACUACUGGGUUCCGUGGAACUCGUACUAUUUCCACGCGACCUUUGCCUUUGCGUUCUCGUUUUGGUUCCACAACGUGCGCAAAUGGAUCGAUCGGCGCAAGUUGGACCGCUGGCAGGCUGGAUCGCUGAAGGCGGAGCUGGCCGCGGUGAUGGUGGCCGCGCUUUUCUCCUUCCCGGGAGGGGCGCUGUUGUUUAUUCCGUUGUACCAUCCGUUUCAUGACUUCUUCGGCGUGCCCGGUGAGGUGACGGCCGUGACGUUGCUGUUUGUGUUCCUGACGACGCUGUGGAAGUUUGACCGCAAGAGCAACCGCCGGUUGCCGGAAAAACUCGACACAAUGGGCCGCGCCCUGAUGACCCACCUGGUGCUGCACUACUCUACCUUUUUCGCGAUGGUCAUCUUUCUCAACCCGGAGGACGUGGUGGCAGCCGGUUUGCACGAACCCAUCGGUGACUGUACGGCCAGGACGCCCGUUCACACGGUGCUCAAAACGCUGGAUAAACGAACUUACCUGUGCGCCGAGGACUACGACGAAAAGUACUUUGAUUUCCACUGUUUGGACCGGGCUCCGCGCGAGGGUUCCUACUGGUACACAAUCUGCGGGACACCGUUCGAGAAUCGCGCCGAGUACGUGCUGGUAAUGAUGCUGAUUAGCUUCGUCGCGUUGAUGGUCUUCCGGUCGAUCCACUUCGAUUACGACGUUCGGUUCGAAAUUUACGACCUCGUUCGGAAGGACAAAUCCGGCCAGCAGCAACCGUUGGUGGGCAGCAAGCAGAGCAAAAAGAACAAGUGACUUGCAAGAUGAGUCAUGUAAUUCAAAUUAAUAAAACCGCUUAACGCAACAAAGUGAAAUAAACAAUCAUGGCAAGCACUAGCACUCCGACCGGAACGGCCACCAUCA